GGGAGAAGCGGUAUGACGCAGAUGCGCGUCUACGGUCGAUCGAGUAACACGAGGGAACGGUUAGUGCUGCCUGAAACUUCGCGUUGAGAGAGGCUCACGUUGAGCUGCCGGCUUCUAGAACGCUUCACUGAGGCUUCGCGCUCGUGCCAGAACGAGAUCCAUCGAAAAUUCGCCCGAGAAGGAAUACAAUAGCUCGCGAGGAGCGGACAAACGAUCCAUAGCUGGGGAGAUCGAUAAAUGAGGAUUAGAUUUGUAUACUGCGGUAUCACCGCGACGAAAAGAACGAGAAAGAUCGAAUGAAAGAGGAAAAAGACAAAGGCGAGAAGAGAGGAAAGAGAGAGAGAGAGAGAGAGAGAGAGAGAGUAGAACGCUCUCAUACCGCGCGCUUUGUACAUAGUCGCGGCGUUUGAGCUUUGCCGUUGCUAUCGAAAGAUUCUUAAAUUGCUCAAAGACUCGCGAUUUGUCACAAUGCCGUUCACGUUAACGGACACGAUAGUGAGCCAACAGAUAAACGAGCGUCUGUCCAGCAUCUACAAUCUUCUGCGUGAGAUAGACACGCACCGCACUCGUUCCGAAUUCAAUCUCAACAAUAUCAUGAAGACUCACGAGAAGGUCACGCCGGACGACAAGGUUUCCCUUUACUAUCAGCAGAAACUGAAGAAUUUGUACAACGCCGCGAUACUCGAUGCCCAGCAGGAAGAGGACGUCUUGCGCAGGACCCUCAGCAAGAUCAACGAGAUACGCGUCAUACGAAACGAGUUUCGCAUCCAGUCGAAGAACGCCGGCAACAAGGAGACCAUCAGGCGCGGGGCUCUGAUGAAGAUGUUGCUCAGCACCGCGCAGACUUUGCCGCUCUACGUGGGUAAGACGCCUGGUGCUAAACCACCACCUCUGUGCGGCGCGAUACCGGCCGAACCGUCGUACAUCGCGAAGAUGGGCGACAUGGUGGCCGCCUUGGUCAAGCCAGGCUCCGACCAAGACGAGGAAAAUUGGAUACUCGCCGAGGUCGUGCAAUUCAAUCCCGCCACGAACAAGUACGAGGUCGACGAUAUCGACGAAGAGCAGAAAGUCCGUCACACGUUGUCGCGAAGACGAGUGGUGCCGUUGCCGCUGAUGAGAGUCAACCCCGAGACCGACCCGCACGCCUUAUUCCCGAAAGGCUCCAUCGUAAUGGCCCUGUAUCCGCAAACAACCUGCUUUUAUAAGGCGAUCGUGAGCCAACUGCCGACCACCGCCACGGAGGAGUAUCAGAUCUUGUUUGAGGAUGUCGAGUACAGUGACGGCUACUCGCCGCCGUUGAAUGUCGCGCAGCGCUAUGUGAUCUCCAUUAAGGAGGGCAAGAAAAAUAAAAGCUAAUGUCGAUGGACGCAGUAUUACUCGAGCCGUUAUUAGUCACUUUUCGCAGUGUACAAAAUGGCAGACUGAAUUGGACUGAUAGAUCAUAAGGAACUUGAUGACAUUACCGAUAACGAUGACGACGAUGACUUACUCAUAUGUAAUAUAUAACAUAUAUAUAUAUAUAAGGAUCUUUUUUAAAAUUUCGCAUCAACAAUUUCUUUGGCGCCCCAAAUCCUCUUGAUCU